AACACCACAUCCACCUCACUCAGCUCAGCUCAACCCAACCGAAGAAGAAGAAGAAGAAGAAGAAGAAGAAGAAGAAGAAGAAGAAGAAGAAGAAGAAGAAGAUCGCGUCAUGUUGCCAGGAAGGUUUCUCGGUCAGAAGAAGGCGAGGUCACCGACUGGUGCGCCCACAACCCCAAGAACACCAACGCCGGCGGCUACCACAAGACCGUCAACAAUGGUGGCUCCGCGCGUGCCCUCAACAACGUCACCAAGGGUGACUACACCUGUGGCCUCAAGAUCGUCAGCAAGAGUGGCUUCCUCCACCGCAUCAAGAACGUCAGCAAUGGCAGUUCCGACCACACACUCAAGAAUAUCAGCAACGUCGGCUCAACCCGCUACCUCAAGAACUUCAACAACGGCUAAUCCACAUGCGACCUCAAGAACGUCAACAACGGCAAAUCAGUCCGCGACCUCAAGAACUUUAACAACUGCAAAUCCGUAUGCAACCUCAAGAACGUCAACAACGACAAAUCUGUCCGCAACCUCAAGAACGUCAACAACGGCAAAUUCGUCCAUGGCCUCAAGAACGUCAGCGGCAUCAGUGACGGUGGCUCCUUCUGCAACCUCAAGAAUGUCAACAAGAGCCGCUCAGUCUGCUGCGACCUCAAGAGCGUCAACAGGAGCAACGGUGGCUUCAAACCGGUCGACGACACUGCAGCCAGGUGCGCCGACCUCAAGAACGGCUAGGACGACAGCCCCACCCUUGUCUGCGACAACAAGUCGUAGUCGUGCCACUCCCACACGUCCACCAGUUUCCAGCAUGCGUCGAUGAUCUCCAUCCAUGUACGUCGUCCAUCUUCGAUGAAGUUAAGUGGGUUGUGACCAGUUUAGUUAUGUUACAGUAAGUUAAUAAAUUUGUAAACUUGAUUGGUUCGAGCCCGUGAGAUGUAAGCCAAAAGUGUGCUAAUUGCUAAAUAGAUGGUCUACGGACCUGAAUGUAAUUUAUGUUACUUGUGUUGUUC